AUGACGCGGCGGUGGGAGCUCGAAGGAAAAAGAGGAGGUUUGGAGGUCGUUCCAUAAGGGUUCUGGUCCACUCCUGCACUGCAGCAUCAUGAUGAGCCUGCUGAAGCCACCGGCUGUUUACCGCCACAUCCAGAUGGGGCUUCUGGACUCUGUUACCAUGGUAACCCUGUAAUCCCAGUUUGUCACCCCGGCGGUCAGGUUCUAGAAAAUCAAGCGGCCCAGCUUUAAUUUGCUGCCAUGGCAAUGCUGUGGAGACGCCUGUAAAAUCACAAGCCUGUUGCUAUGGUGACUCUGUAGCGAGCGGCUGUCGCCAUGGGAACAACCAGGAUGUUCCGCAUUUUCGUGGUCCUGGGCUCAGUCUUCAUGAUCCUCCUGAUCAUCAUCUACUGGGACGACGUCGGAGCCUCCCACUUCUACCAGCAUGCCCCUGUGUCGCCGGGCCCCAAAGCCCCGCACCCCCCUCCCCAGCCCAACCCUCAGACUUCUCGGACCCCGUCCUUUCUGAACGACAUCGAUGCCUUUGUCAACCAGUUCCUGGAGCCGGGGACGGGGGAGCCCACGGACAUGGUCCCCGCUGACGCGAGCAACCAGUCGGAGAAGGAGGAGCGGUACAUUCCCCGGAGGGAGUGGAAGAUUCACCUGAGUCCGAUUGCAGCAGAGCUCCGUGACAGACAGGAGCAGAGGCGGAGACUACUUCAGGAGAUCUGCACCAACGACACAAUGGCGUUUCCCGGCAAAAACCGCUCAUUUGAUGACAUUCCCAACAAGGAGCUGGAUCAUCUCAUUGUGGACGACAGGCACGGGAUCAUCUACUGCUARGUUCCAAAGGUGGCGUGCAGCAACUGGAAGCGCAUCAUGAUCGUCCUCAGCGAGAGCCUGCAGCAGGAGGGCGUCCCUCAGAGAGACCCCRUGGCCAUCCCCCCGGAGCUGGUCCACAACAACAGCAUGCACUUUACUUUCAACAAGUUCUGGAAACGUUAUGGCAAGUUUGCGAGGCACCUCAUGAAGGUGAAGCUGAAGAAGUACACCAAGUUCCUUUUUGUCCGGGACCCGUUCGUGCGUCUCAUCUCUGCCUUUAGGAACAAAUUUGAAACGCGCAACGAGGACUUCUACCGGCGCUUUGCACAAGUUAUGUUGCGUCGCUAUGCCAACCAGACAACACCACCUACCUCUGUGGARGAGGCAUUCACGUCGGGCAUCCGCCCCACUUUCUCCCACUUCAUCCAGUACCUCCUGGACCCUCUGACCGAGAAGGACAUGCUCUURAACGAGCACUGGCGGCAGGUGUAUCGACUCUGCCACCCGUGCCAGAUCCAGUACGACUUUGUGGGCCACCUGGAGACAGCAGAGGAGGACGCUGAGCACCUUCUGCGCCUGCUGCGGGUGGACAAUGUCGUGGAAUUCCCCACUUCACACAGGAACCUGACAGCCAGCAGCUGGGAGUCUGACUGGUUCAGCACAGUACCCGUCGAGGCACGCAGGAAGCUCUACAAACUCUACGAGCCUGACUUCAGGCUUUUUGGCUACAACAGGCCAGACUGGAUCCUCAACGAGUGAURCUCACACAGCUAACAAAUAAAUAAAUAAAUAGUUUAAAGUGAGGAAGACAUGAAAAA